GCCUAGCGUGCUCCAAGCAAACCCUAGCCUCUCCAUCUCCACCUCCACCUCCAGCCUCCGCGCCUCCGCUCUGCACGCCGCCGGUCCCUCAACACCCUCCAUCCACGUCCGCUGUCAGCCGCUGAGCGCGCGGCCGCACCCGUCUACUCCGCCGCUCCAAUUCUCCGUUCUCCGCUGGAUCUGAACCUCAUCCGCUCCACGGCCGCGACUCAAGCUUGAAGACAGUUGAAGGUAAUUUACAAGCAGCAGCAGCCAUGGCGUCUCGUUUUUGGGGACAGGGAGACAGUGACUCUGAGGAGGAUGUGGACGAGAUCGAGUCAGAACAAGGGAGUGAUAGCGAGAAAUCAGAAGCUGGUGAUGGGGGACGCGAUGGGUCCAAGAACCGUUAUCUGAACAAAUAUACACAAGACAGUGAUGACUCUGAUACUGAGAGCCACCGCGUGAUUCGCUCGUUGAAGGACAAGCGCAAUGAUGAGAUGAAAGCUACUGCCGACCAGAUGCGCAAUGCAAUGAAGAUCAAUGACUGGAUUAGCUUGCAAGAGUGUUUUGACAAGCUAAACAAGCAGCUUGACAAAGUUGUCCGUGUCAAUGAAUCUGCGAAAAUUCCAAAUGGGUAUAUCACGACUCUUGUACUAUUGGAGGACUUCCUUGCUGAGGCUCUUGCAAACAAGGAAGCCAAGAAGAAGAUGAGCAGCAGCAACGCGAAGGCACUAAACGCUGUCAAGCAAAAACUUAAGAAGAAUAACAAGCAGUAUGAAGACUUGAUCCAGAAGUGCAGAGAGAACCCAGAGAGCUUUGAAGAUGAUGUUGCAGAUGAUAAGGAUGUGGAUGAUGAUGAUGAUGACAGUGGUGACGAUGUUGUGGAUCCGGAUAAGAUGGCCUCUGACUCCGAUUCAGGGAAUGAUGACGAUCCGAGUGAAGAUGGUGGAGCCUGGGAAAAGAAGUUAAGCAAGAAAGAUAAGAUUAUGGACAAGCAGUUCUUGAAGGACCCGAGUGAGAUUACAUGGGAUAUUGUUGAUAAAAAGCUCAAGGAGAUUGUCGCAUCGAGGGGUAAGAAGGGCACUGGGAGAGUUGAACGUGUGGAGCAGCUAACAUUUUUGACACGGGUGGCAAAAACACCUGCCCAGAAACUUGAAAUUCUUUUUCAUGUGAUCUCUGCCCAGUUUGAUGUCAACCCUAGCUUACUUGGUCAUAUGCCAGUCAAUGUGUGGAAGAAGUGUGUUAAUAAUAUGCUUCUCGUGCUUGAUAUUCUGCAACAGUACCCUAAUAUUGUAGUGGACAACUCAGUGGAGGCUGAUGAGAAGGAAACUCAGAAGGGUGCCGACUAUGAUGGAACAAUCCAUGUUACUGGUGACCUAGUUGCAUUCCUGGAGAGAAUUGACUCGGAGUUUUUUAAGAGUUUACAGUGCAGUGAUCCAUAUACCAAAGAUUAUGUUCAGAGGCUUAGAGAUGAACCCUUGUUUUUGGUGCUUGCACAGAAUGUGCAAGAGUACCAGGAAAGGGUUGAGAAUCACAAGGCUGCUGCGAAGGUUGCAUUGCGUCGUGUUGAACUAGUCUACUACAAACCUCAAGAAGUAUAUGAUGCAAUGAGAAAGCUGGCUGAGCAAACUGAGGUUAUCAUGGAGGAUGGAGAUAUUGAGGGCAACGAGGAGCAUCAAGCAGCUGAUGACAAUAGAGGACCACCACCUUUUAUUGUGAUUCCGGAGGUUGUACCUAGGAAGCCUACUUUCCCAGAGAGUGGCAGAGUCUUGAUGGAUGGACUGAUGUCUCUAAUUUACAAGUAUGGAGAUGAAAGAACCAAAGCCCGGGCAAUGCUGUGUCACAUAUAUAACUAUGCAAUCUCUGAUGAGUUUUCAGUUGCUCGUGACUUGCUCUUAAUGAGUCGUUUACAAGAUGGGAUUCAACUUAUGGACAUCUCAUCUCAGAUUUUAUACAACCGGGUCAUGGCCCAACUGGGGUUAUGCGCCUUCCGGGCUGGUUUGAUAGCUGAUGCUCAUGGUUGCCUGUCUGAGCUAUAUGCAACUGGAAGAGUGAAGGAAUUGCUUGCACAAGGUGUCCAGUAUAGUCGGUACCACGAAAGAACUCCUGAACAGGAAAGACUUGAGAGGAGAAGGAUGAUGCCUUACCAUAUGCAUAUAAACCUUGAACUUUUGGAAGCCACACACUUGAUCUGUGCAAUGCUAAUUGAGGUCCCGUAUAUGGCUUCCAGUACUUAUGACAAGCGGAGGCCUAUGAGCAAAACAUUCCGCAGGCUUCUUGAAAUGAGUGAGAGGCAGACUUUUGUUGGACCUCCAGAAACGGUGAGGGAUCAUGUAAUGGCUGCCACGAGGGCCCUCAAUAAGGGUGACCAUGAAAAGGCUUUCAGUGUCAUCAGUUCUCUGGAUACCUGGAAACUUUUGAGGAACAAGGAGCAUAUCCUUGAGAUGCUGAAGCUUAAAAUCAAGGAAGAGGCUCUUAGAACCUAUCUCUUCUCUUACUCGUCUUGCUAUGAGUCCCUGAGCCUUGAUCAGCUCACUACUAUGUUUGACCUCAGCGAGGCACACGCUCACAGUGUUGUUAGCAAGAUGAUGAUGCACGACGAGCUUCAUGCAAGCUGGGACCAGCCAACAAAGUGCAUUGUAUUCCAGAACGUGGAUCAAACCAGGCUGCAGGGACUGAUCUUCCAGAUGACUGAUAGGCUCUCUGUCCUUGUGGAGAGCAACGAGAGGGCGUAUGAGGCCAGGACUGGUGGUGCCCUUGAGGGUGCACCACCCAGGCGCAGGGGUGAUCAAGACUCGUCCAAUAUGGGAAAGUGGCAGGAGAACUUUGUAUCGUCACAAGGCGGUCGCCGCGGCGGUGGGAGGUCUGGCUAUGCUGGCAGAGGAGGCUCUGGGCAGGGCGGUGGGUACCAAAAUGACAGGGGUGGCCAGGGUUCCCGUGGCGGCUAUGGUGGUGGUUCUCGGUUCCAGGAUGGAAGGUCUCGCAACCAGUCUGGUUCCUCGUCUAGAGGGGAUGGCAAUGGACGCAUGGUGAACCUAAACAGGCCCGGUAGAAAUUAGAAGUCUGAUAGAUCUGCGAUAAAUUCCGAGCAAGGUUGUCUUGAAGCAUUGUUUCCGCACCGUUCAGAACUUGUCAUCGUUUGCUAUAUUUUUGUAGCUUCUGUUAUCUGUCAUAAAUCUUACCCAGAAGUCUUGAGUAAUAGUUGUCUGGCUUGUAUCAUGGGAGCGAGGACUACAUAUUCACUCCUGUAUUUGACAUCAAGUUACUAUUUUCCACUUUUCCUGUUUCUGCAA